AUGGUUCAGUAUUUCGCUGUUUUCCUGAUUCUCUCUUUUUCUGGCGGCUCUCUGGAAACAACCACCCCACCUCAGCAACAAAACGAUUCAAAGUUAAAAGACUUAUGCCAGGUAAGAAAUGCAUAGAGAUAUAAAAAGGCCUAGGAGUACUGCGCCGUAGAUUAGGUACACCUAGAAACCUUUUUAUUACUCUCACGUCGUUAUGAUCAUUUACCAAAAAGUAUCCGUUAAAAGUGUAUGGCAGAUUAUUCAAAGUCCUCGCUUCCGCAUGAUCUUUCCUCGAAAACCUGAAGCCUGUCCAUUGUUAACUGUUAAUUUUCUCUGAUUACCUCUAAGUCUAUUCGAGGUGAGAUAACGCUUUAAAUAGGAUUAUGAUGUCCAAGGUUCAUUCCGUGCCUCGAAAACAAAGGGAGACGGCCGGCGGGUACAGAAUUUGUUCAUUUUGGUGUGGAAUCAUCGUUUGCGAGGGAGCUAUGGGCGUGUAUGAACUGAAUUAUCCGUUCAUUUCCAAAAGAGAGUUAAUCUAAGGGAAAAUGACAUGCAUAAUUUCUUAGAGACAAGGUCCUAAAACUGGUAUGGAGUUUAGCUCCAAGUCUGAAAACGGAUGUACAAAAUGACCUUUCUUGGUCUGAAAUAGAGUCAGGAUUUGGGAAACCAGGCGGCGGGCACAUCCCCACCAAGAGUUCCCAGGAGUACCCCCCACCUCGAGUUACCUAAGAUCCCGUGUCGUCUUCUUCUCUGCUAAUAAGUCAUCUUUACUUUCAGCGAUCUAUGCUGGGUUUUCCUGGUAUUCCAGGAUCAAAUGGUAUUCCGGGAGUGCCGGGCGUCCCGGGGCCACAAGGACCCCAGGGAAGGGAAGGUGUAAAAGGACAAAUUGGUGAUAAAGGAUCGCAAGGAAUGCCGGGUCCAAGAGGAGACAGAGGGCGCAAAGGACCCCCUGGAAAGAGUGGACCACAAGGAAUUAAGGGAAUGAAAGGUCAACAGGGACUUCUGGGAAUGAAAGGUGAACAAGGAGCUGUGGGAAUGAAAGGGGAGCGAGGCAUUGCGGGAAUGAAAGGAGAACAAGGAGCUGUGGGAAUGAAAGGAGAGCGAGGCAUUGUGGGAAUGAAAGGAGUGCGAGGAGCUGUAGGAAUGAAAGGAGAGCGAGGCAUUGUGGGAAUCAAAGGAGUGCGAGGAGCUGUGGGAAUGAAAGGAGAGCGAGGCAUUUUGGGAAUGAAAGGAGUGCGAGGAGCUGUGGGAAUGAAAGGAGAGCGAGGCAUUGUGGGAAUGAAAGGAGAGCGAGGCAUUGUGGGAAUGAAAGGAGUGCAAGGAGCUGUGGGAAUAAAAGGAGAGCGAGGCAUUGCGGGAAUGAAAGGAAGAAAAGGAGACAAAGGAGAGAAAGGAGAAAGCGUCAAAGCAAGUGAAGCAAGUGUAGUACCACAAACCAACUGGAAACAAUGUGUGUGGAAAUCAGCUAGCGAUACUGAUAACGGAAAGAUUAAGGUAAUUAGAAUAAGAAUCAUAACACACUCCUAAGAAAAUUCAUUCCUUUUUUAAUUAAAAGAUUUCAAAGAAGAACGUCUCCGCUUUCAUUAAAUAAAUAACUAAUUAGUUACAUUUCCCCAUAAUUUUGUUCUUUUUGAACGAAAAAAGGAAAAAACUAUCGUCGUUGAUAAAAUGAUUCCUGGCCAUAUGGAUAAGGACAACAAAAAUUGAAGCUAUUACAGAGUUUUUAAAAAUUAGGAAGUAAUCUUGACUGGAGUUGUUAGUAUCAAUCAUUACACACGGUUUCUUGCCUUACUGAAAUAUGUUUGAUUUGUUUGAUUUUAUUCCAGGACUCUGCGUUUAACAAACUGCAGUCUAAUUCAGCACUCAGAGUCUCAUUCCAGGGAAACAUGAUGGUCUAUGGUGAUGUUAAGUGUAAUCGGUGGUGUUUCAAGUUCAAUGGAAACGAAUGCAGUGGACCAAUGACGAUCGAGGCUGUUGUUUACAACUACUGGCCAUCUGGGAACCCUGAUCUGCUGCAUCAUCGGUCAUUUGAGGGGUACUGUGAAAACAUCCCACGAGGUGCUGUUAGAGUGGAAUUAUGGGUAGGAAAGUGCAGUGGCAGCACCCUGGGUAAUGCUUACACUGGGUGGAAUUCAGUGUCCCGGAUAAUGAUUGAAGAAGUAUCUAGGUCCCAGUCCUAAUAAGGGGAGUCUUUAACUUUGGCACUGUUUUAAUUUCCUUAGAAUAGCAUUUUACAGAUAUAGACUGUAAAGCGUAAGGUACAAAAGUAUUGGUUUUUGGUUAUUUUCUUUUUAGCCCUUAAUGUGGCUACUUCCGUCGUUUUAGAUUGUCAAUAGUAAACUCUUAUAGCAGUUUCAAAAUUUUGUAUUAAGUGUAGGCAUGUUAGUCGUAUUCGUUCACCUUUAUGGGCAGCAGUUGUUGUUGUUUGUUUCUUUGUUUGUUUGUUUUUUGUCACGUAGCGCUGUUUUAGCUUCUUUGUGGGGAGGCACCUUUCGUGACGACGCAAUAAUUGGCCGAAUUCAUAGGGAGUUGGACCGCCAUGCAGACGUUUAGUCUUGUCACGCACCACUCCUUCCCACUGAGUGAUGAGACAAAAUAGCUGUGAUAAAGAGCGAUUGAUUGUUUUUUUUUUUUGUAGGUGAUAUGUUAUGGAUGCAAAAUAUGUCACUUCAGCUUCAGGGGAACCCCUUUUCUCUUGGGUUACCAUGUAUACCAUCAAAUUGUCGGUCAUUUCCUUUAGUCUAUUUUAGUCAAAGUAAAGGUCGUGUAUAAUCUUUUAUCUCAGAGAAAAACAAAACUUUUGAAGAGGAAAUCUUUGCCUUCAAAAUAUUUUCGAAAAUCUUUAAUGAAUUCGUGACGUGAAAACAAUUUAAUUACAUCGUGCUUUCUGAUUAAAUGUUUAAUCAAAGCAGGAUCCCUUUUGUAGCUAAACCAGGAGCUAAACACUUCCAGGCUAAAUCAUUAUUAAAAACGGAUUAGAAUUCGACGAUUUUUAUAUCAAUUAGCUAGGGAGAUGAAUAUGAUUAUAGGAUAACUUGAUCUCUAGCCUGCGUGGAAGGCGUUCGAAAGGGAAAGGAAAGGGAAUUUAGGAGCGAGAGCCCUCCCGAGGGAGAAGGUAAGGAGAGGAACGCGUUUCCCUUCCUCCUUCCUCGCGCGCCGUUCGCGCUUCUCUUUGGAACGCCUGCCACGCAGGCUAUAGAUUAUCUGUGAAAGAGUAGGAAAAAAUGGAAUUUUUUUAUGGUUUUACUCGUAGCAUUGAGAUUCUUGUCAAACUUUCCCAUUACUCGAAAUAGCAUCUUUGCUAUAUUUCUUUCAUGUCAGUGCAGUUUGCUUCAAUGUGUGAUUAAAGCUUUCUGUAAAACACAAUGUCUUACAGUUUAUACAAAUCUUGUCCACUAUUACUUUAUGUAGCAAGGAUUUUAUUGCUGUGUUAGUUUCUUUCUAUAUACCAUGAAUUUAACGACUUUAUCUAGUCUAUGUUUUUGAUGGAUUCCUUGAAAAUACUGACACUUUUAUCUUAGCCUGAAAGUAACAUCGCCCUUGGAGAGCAAUCUCUUCCACCAUCUUUAACAGAAAAAAAAAAAAAAAAAAAAAAAAAAAAAAACGUUUCCUCCAUCGAAGCUGAGGUAAGAAAAGGUUAGAAUAGCCUAAAAAACAUUGCACUUAUGAUAACAGAGUACCAACAUUUAACAAAUGUAGAAAAUGCACCGACCCAGAGAAGCUCCUUCGAUUUUAUAUCUGGGUCGGAGGAAACCCAAAAAAGGAUGAUUCCGUAAAGGGUGUGGUAUUGUAAAUAGUCGCCCUUGUCCAAUAAGGGACCAGUCAUAAUUUAAGUUGAAGGGGGGAUGGAGGAGAAAUUGUUUUUUAUCCCAAAUUAUUUUCAGACCCCUACUAAUAGCAGCUAUGUUUUUUAGGUACCCCACCCCCUUCCCCUUCAAUCAUGUUAAAAGAUUUAAGGGCCCCCCUUUCUUACAUAAUACCCAAAUGGUAAUAACAAAUAGCAUUUUCUUUACUUUACCGUUCUUACUCACUGUCACUUCCGAAUGUGCCAACUAACAACAGAGAAGCACUUCACACUAAACUGAAAAAGAGAUUUCACCUAGAGCCUCUCAAACAGCUUAUAGUGCAAGGAUAUAUCAGUGAUUGUGUUAUAAUUGAGAUAAGACAAGCCAUCGAAAGGUAAGAGGCCGACAUGACCGCUUCAAGGAAGAAAGAAGCUAAUCAACCAAAGCUUACUGCUUUUUAUAUGAGCAGUACAUGCUCUAAUAGCAAAAAACGUGACAGUGACACAGACAGUGAGUCCACAUCAACCUCAUCUACAAAUAAUGAUUCGGAUAGUGAGAUUGCACCAUGUAAUCAUUUGUUAAAAUGCCGAUGAAAUUGUUUCAGUGUUACACAAUAAUGGAUGUUGUGUUGACGCACCUACUAUUGGAGCAUUUAAUCUUUUUGUCAAAAUGCUGAUUAAAUUGUUUUAGUAUUACACAAUAUAUAGACUUUGUGUAAAACUGACUUCAAAAUCAGGUCCUUUAAUACUCAAGCAUCAUGCUGCUCAGUAGGGCUGCUACUUAAAAGAAACUUGAAGACCCCCAAGGUCAUCUUUUGGCAUUUUAAGGACCCCCAUAUUCCAUCCAAAAAAAAAUUGAAGACCCCCCAUUUUCUCCACCCCCCCCUUCCACCGCUCCAACUUAAAUUAUGACUGGUCCCUAAGGAUACACCUAAAAUAAAGAAAGGAGGUUAGUCUAGGCGUCAAACUACGUGACUUAUAAACCCAUAGACGUACUACAUUGUGACCAUUGCAUGCAAACCACCUUUUACAAAAACGAGGCGUAAGUAUCACCGAAUUUCGUUAGUCACUUAACCCAAAACUAUAGUUUAAAUAUCUAUAACAACUAAAUUGAACUGUUCUAGAUGAACAGAGAUAAAAGCAAUUUGCCUAAGUCACGUGCUUGAUGGCAUCGUCACCUUGUAGCCCAAUAGAUAAGUCAAGCCAAAAAUAAAACUGAAUCGUUGGCAAAAUUAAAUUUUCCGCCAACGAACAAAACGUUUGGUACCGCUACGCCUUUUACAGAAAGGAAAAAAAAAAAACGACAUUUUAUUUUAUUUUUUACUGAAUAAGUACUGUGACUCGACCAUCUCCCCAAGAGGAGGUAAAUAAUGGUGGAGAUAAACCGCGACGCAACGCGUCCUGGAUUGGUAGCGCUAUGAGCCGACCCUGAGGUGGGGUAGAUGUUUAGCCAUUUUCAGUGGCUAGCGAUUUUCGCAUGUUUUGAUUGGCCCCCGUAACUCGGAACAUUGCGUAGCUUUUAAAUGCACUGUUUAAGGACGGCUGUCAAAACGGCGUGUCCUUUCGCGACAACAAACAAAGACCAAGAAAGAGACGAAAGUUGGUUUGUUUAGUUUCGUGGUAAUCAGUGGCCUGACCGUACCCUGUUCAAGACAAAGAGUCAUUGUUUUGUGACGCAAACUCGUUUCGUUUUGCAUACAGAAUUAAGCAUAUAUUUUUUUAAUCGAACAUCAGAUAAUUCUACAAAGGAAUUAUUCAUAGCGCAAAAGUAGGCCUAACUUUCACACUCAAUAAAAGGCAUCUGGUCUAAAAAUUUACAUUAUUAAAAGACGCUAAAUAGUGAAUUAGUUUACCCUCUUUGAGAUCUUAAAAUCAACAACUUCCUGUUCCUGUUCCUGUUCCUGUUCCUUUUAGGUUAAAGAAGUAAGGGAAUCCCCCGGGUCUUCAAUUAAAUCUGAAUUGACCAUUUUCGAAAGGGAUGAUAAUUGGUUAUUUAUAAAAACGGGUGUAGGUUUGUCUGCUUCUUGUCCUAGCCUGUAAAACAGAUGUUAUUUACAUAUUUUUGUUUGUUUCUGAUUUUUGCUUUUGCUCGCGGGGAAAGGUAGGCACGAGGUGAAUUCAUCUUUCGUUAGAACGGGAUGUCUGCUUACAAAAAAGAUUAGAAGACAACAAGGCUUUUUGAUUCUGAAAUAAAGCCAUCCUCUAGUUUGCCGGCAUGUUUUCUUAAUAAGAUUAUAUGACAUUUUUUUCUGUCCUAAGCUUUCGUAAUAAUCUUUCUCGUCUUGUGUCUUUAAAUUAAUUAAGAGUGGAUUUGUUUUUUAGCAGAUAAUUUUUCUUGGAGAUACUACCAUCUGAAGUGACUUAAUAAAUUGUUAGUUCCUGGGCGUUGCUAAGCGAAAUACGACUUGCCAAAGCUGAAGGCUGACGAAAAGAAUUGACCUGUGAGACACUCCAACAAAUGACGAUAUCUUGCCCUUAUAAUAGGGUUCAAUCACUUUUUUUUUUAUCAUUCUAUAUGCAGUCGAAGCUCUGCACGUAACCUCUUCCGUAAGCUAGAGGCGACCAGUUUACGGUAACGACCAGCAUCAUUUCAAUAUAUUUUUAUAGUCUGUAGAACCUCGAUAAUUGUCUCGGAUAACUAGAAUUCUUCGAUCGAUCGUUGAGCCGAACUAAAUUUCCUUUCCCUUCAUCAAAACCGUUUACUGAAAUUUACCCUAAUAACUCAAAUUCCUCGCUAACUCGAACUACGUUUAGUUUCCCUUCAGAUUACCAACCAAUCCCCCAGCCCCCUUAACAUGCAAAAUGCAUAGCUGAAUAUUCUCUACGCAUUUUUUGGGUAAAGUCAGUGGAGAUCAGAUGUAGAUGAAUUAUGGAGAUCACUGAAUAUAUUGAAUGGCAAGCAUUUAAAAGUGAAGCAAAACCAGGGGAUAUGAAGACAACGAGCGUGAACGGGAUUAACACGAAUUCAGGCUCAUUAACGCAGGUUUAGGAGAUCAAGGAUCAAGUGAGAAGGAGAAGUGGAGAUACAACUGUCUGCAUGAUAUUAUUCAGCAAAGCUGGGAAAGCCUGGCAAAAAGGCUUCAACAUUUUAAUAGCGAACUUGAGCAAAGACGUUUUGAGCCGGACGCACGUGAACCGAAAGUGCGCUUUUUGCACCCAUGGGCAGUAUUCUGCCGAGCAUUAUGAUGACAUCAAGCCCAAAUUCUCAGGACAAGCGUUUUAUAAGACGGAAGUUGUACUUGUAAAAAUUUGGGUUUCAUGGCAUAUUAAGAAAGAAAAUUAAAGGUCUCACUUCGUAUUGACGUGCGUCGAAUGUCUUUGCUUGAGCUUCCUAUUAAGACCCUGUUUACAUGGAGUGAGGGACCCCGGUCUAGUGGGGUAGGUUUGUUUUGUUUUGUGUUCCCCAGAGCGUGAAAACAAAAGAAACCAACCCCACUAGACCGGGGUCCCCCACUCCAUGUAAACAGGCCCUAAAAGAAGAAACUAAGGCACAAUAUUGCGCCAAAAUUAAACAACAACAAAAAACGAAUGUACGGCCGGCAUCAUGUCACACGUCACAAUGCUAAUGCUAAUAGUUGGAAAGGAUGUCAGAAACUUUGCCUCGGCUAUAAACGAAUGCUAAAGCAGGGACAGUCAAAGAACGUCUAUUCGCGUGGGCCGUUUUAAAAUAACGAGUAAAACAUACAAAAUAAUAGUAAGUCUUGUUUUAAGCUCACCAUCGACCACAACUAACCAACAAUGCUUUCCGCAACCACAAUAACAAUGUGCAUUUUUACUUUUUAUCUAAAGCAAAGGAAGUUAUCACUCACCUUUAAUGUUUUGUUUUCAUGAAUUUUAAAACAAACUCGCACAAAAAACGUAAACACACUAUGAAUCAAUUUUGGUUUGGCGACAACCGAUGCGUUUUGCGUUGUUAGCUCGUUGUUUAAUUUCGUCGUUUACACGUCGUUUUCUCUUCUCUAGCUUAGAAUCAGUGGUUAAAAGAAACUUUACAAUCCUUGUGUACACCAAAAGAAAACAAAAACAACUAUAAAUAUCAGUUACGUACAGUUUUGGUCGUUCUGUUUACGCGCUAACGGUCCAGUAAACUAUAAAUGAACCGGUCCUCUAAAACAGUCGUUGAUUUUUCUUUCUCAUAUUAUGAUUUGAUUUUCACAGUCUAAAGGGUCAUCCAAUUAGUUUUUUACAAGAAUUAAAGCAGUUUACUUGCCUCACCAAAACAAGGAAGAAUUAGAUAUUAUCAUAAUAUAUGUCGCAAAGUUAAGAGAAUUGAUAUAAACGUCGUUGUUUAAUGAAUCUGGGAAUGUCUGCAUCGACAAUCAAAAUUCCGUUUCUUUCUAAGAACUUCAAUUUCUUAAAAAAAGUUUCAAGUAAACGAGAUGGCCUGCGAAAAAUUUGUCACAGGUACUUCAAUUUGCCAUUUCAAAUCACAACAACAAACAAUAAAGAUAAAAGAAUCGGUAUUGUCCAAUCAGUUUUAUCAGUUCUAGUGACGUCAGUGUUUUCUGAUUGGCUUACAUCUCCUCUAUUGUUCUGACCCCGGUUGUUCAAACUUUGGAUAGCGCUAUCCACCGGAUAAAUCACUAUCCAGCGGAUAGCGUAAUUGAUUUCAGAAAUACUUAUCCACUGGAUAGUUAUUUAUCCGGUGGAUAGCGCUAUCCAACGUUUGAACAACCGGGGCCUGCUCCCUAUAUAUUUGCGAUACCACCCGAAUGGUUUGGGCGGAUCAGUAAAACCAGCCCACCACAAACUUAUCUUGCCAACACCUAAGAUAGCAAAAUACAAUCUCAUGCUGAUUCUCAAGCACCAACCAAAAUAGUUAUGCAUAUCCAAUGAGGCGCUUUCAAGUCAGUUUACAUCGUUGUGCAUAUCCGCUACAUGGCUUGCAUCUUAUUAACAGUGGGGUCUCAGUCAAGGAAGUUGAAUAGGUACACUGCACAUGAAAAGUAAAGCACCGUCUCCAUUGCUUCAACAGAAUAUUAUAUUUUCAAUAAAUCAAGGCCAUGUAGGUCACUGAAGUGGAACAGAAAAGGGACAAUGGUAAAGAAAUAUUUUGAUUAAGAGACUGGUGUCUUAUAAUUCAUACAUGUGAAGACACGAACGAAGAAUGAAAACAUACAUUUCUACUCAAGAGAUCACUCUGAAAAAGCGUAUUAUAUAGAAUUGAUAUUCUCUCGGUCUUGAUUAGCUUCAGUACACUCCAAUCGUAUACUCGAUCCAAAUAAAAAUAAUUUAACCCCCAAAAUUAGUCAGAAAAUCAUAAACAUCAACAUGAGUUUGUGAGUUUCAAAUAAUUCAAUCAAAAACUGUUGUAGAGGUAUUCUCUUUAUCGAAAUGAUUUCAUAAAUUAUUCGUGGAAGGGCGCGACUUUGAUCGCCAGAAUUUCUCUAUCCAAACACUUGAGGGCAAAACCAUGAUUAAAAACGGUUAGGAUUUGCCUAUUCAAAUCGAAUCUUGUAAAAUUUAAAACAGUCAGCUGAGAAGAAGAAUAUAAUUGUACGAUAACUUGAUAUAUUUCUCAAGAAACAAUGACGAAAGAAAUCGGACACUUGAUUUCCUCUACCGGUAACUGAGAAACGUUUAUCAAACCUUCCCAUUCCUAAACAUCUCGGUUACUUUUCUUUCCUUUCAGUGCAGUCAUUAGUUGUUAUGUAUAAGUAGAGUCUAAUUACUUUAAAAGACAAAGUUUGAGUAAAGGACAAUGUCUAAUUACUUUAAAAGACAAAGUUUGAGUAAAGGACAAUGUCCUUCGUCAAAUUCAUCAAAUGUCCCGUUCAUCAGUCGAUUCAAAGUCCCCUAUUUUUCCGUAAGAUCGUCGGGAUCGAAGACUCUGCGUUACGGGAGGCCAUCUUGGAUAGGUAAAGCCCGAAGCCCGCUUCCAAGGUUCAAGUGUAACCGAGAUAAGCGUCCGUUCCGGUAAGCUAGCGCUCUAUCCUGUCGAUCUUACGAAGAAAUAGGGGACUGUGAAUAGUUUAACUUCAGAUAAAAAACUUUCAAUUCAAAAUCCAUCUGUUGUUGCAGGAUAAAUUGUUAGGCGGAAAUGCUCUAAGAUCUCUUGGAUUGAAAAGGUCGCAGUUUGACGAAGACCUUGCGGAUAAAGCGGAUACAGUGGAAAGCUAAUCUAGGGCAGAGGACUGAAUAAUUAAAUGUUUUUCUGUUAGUUAUAUAAUGAAGUAGGUUUUAAAAGUGAACAGACAAUUAUGUCUGAUAAAUGCACUUAGAAGGAGUUUAUUUAUAAUGCCCUUUUUUUUUCGGCAUCUUGGUGUCUUGCUUUUUCAAAAGAGCCUUACCGAAGGAAACAAGUCUAAACAAUGUUAAUUAUUUAAACAAGUUCUUAUUUGUUCGUAACUAUUCUUGUACUUUAUUUUAAUGACUAUGAUAUACAUGUGAAUGCGUUAUUUAAAGCAAGGAUGGCGUUACAAUAAAAGUUUAAAAAAUAUUUAUAUUCAAGUGCAGAACGCAGUUGAUGUUAAGCGCAUUGUUACUCGAUUAGCCUUGUUUUAACUCAGUGAAGCUCAGUCUCGAUCCUGAAACGGGAGUCAUAAACAAUUAAAUACAGUGGAACGCUGUUGUUGUGACCACCGUUGGGCCGUAAAGUCCUAGUCUUAAAAAUGAGAUGGUCGAAUUAACGGGUGAUGUUCAAAAAAAAUAUAAAUUAAAAUAAGUCUGAUUUCUACAUUUGUAUCGACGAGAGAAUAUGGUCGUAAUCACGAGGUGGUCGUAUAAACGGGUGUUCGUAUUACGGGGCUCCACUAUGUUGCUAUUAAAAUUAAUUAUGGUUAUGGGCCGAUAUCAUCAGUCCGGGCCACAACCAGAUCUGGAUAUAUGAUGACGUCAACCACAUUUGCAAAAUGGCGCCCACGCCGAGAAACACGAGGGAAGGUCACUUCCUGGCUCUUUGCUGCGCCUAGAAGUGUCCUUUCCCCAUACUAGGGAACUUAAGAUAGAGACGUUUUCGGGGCGACGGCAACUUCAACCGGACGUGACAUCAUCAUUUGUUGGAUAUUGCGCAUGCUCGUGCUCACCACCUUGCCGUCGUGGUCCCGUCGGCGACGUGAAACUGGUCUGUUUGGCGUCGUGGCGAAAACGUGAGUAUUUAACUUUCAUUUCAAUCAGGUUUGUUGCGUUUAGCAACCAACAUUUUGCAGAUUAUCGUUCUUAAAUUGUCCUUGUUUUCUUUGACGCACAUUUCAAGCUCGAUUUCCAAGCUCUGUUAUCUAAACUUACAUCUUUGAAUGUUUCUAUGUUUUCAUGUCACAGGGUCCAGAUCCAACUUGGCAAACAGCCAACCGUAAGUGAGCUGGACAUGGGACAGAAUUUUCCCACGAGCCAAAUAAAAGUAUCCAGACAAAAAAUAUGAACUCCGAUAUUUCAAUUGUGUGUUUUUAGUUCGCUCUUUUCGUUAGAAUAUCGUAUAAAUGAAACGCAUUGAAAAUUAUAUAGAAUAGUAGGUAAUACCAUGUACUAACUCGGCGUGGGAAUAUUGAAAUAAAGUUGUUGCCGUUGUUGUUGUUGUUGCAUGCAAGUAUUUCCCGGGAAUUAUUUCAAUACCAAACUAAGAAUACGGUUCCUUGGUAGCAUUUUGAUGUUCCUGUAAUUUGCAAGGCUUCGGCAAGCCUGUGGAGAUCAUUUUUUUUCAACACGAAAUUCUGCCUUGAACUCAGCUGCAUCCCGCAUGUUUUUUAGCGUGAACGGAUCGUAACUGUCCUGAGGAAAAUCGGGAUUUUUGGACUCAUAAUUUUCCCACAAAACGAGAAACUCUUCAUCGAUACAUGUUGUCUGCAUAGCAAAUAUUUAUUCUCUUAAUUCUUUAUGUGAAGCCAUAUUUUCCUCUUCGGUAUUCUUCUAAUUAAAGGCGCCGUCCUUCUGAGUUCACUGCGAUCUUAAUGUUCUAUUUCUGACCGCGAGCGACGGCUGCCUUAGUUCCAGGCUUUCUCUGCCAGUCCGGUCGCCGUCGCCCCGAAAACGUCUCCAUCUUAAGUUCCCUACUACUUUGAGAGCUGUGACUUUAGACAUUGAUAAAUAAGGGGUGAGAAGAAAAAAUGCCGUCCGAUGAACGUUUGUGCGUUCUUGGGACGUAAAACGACCGAACAUGAAAGUUUUUCAGCUCAAAGAAAUGCCCGACAAGGAGCAAAACAUCGAAAAAAAGAAGGUGAGUGUCAUUUUUUGGACCUUUGGAAAAUUUUUUUUUUGAAAUCUACAUAAAAUUUGCUUGUUGAUAGUGGUCUGCUUGGUGUAGCUCAAAGCAGUUUCACAUAGUGCUGUGCUUUUAAAUAUAUAAUUUAUGAUUUUCGAUGACUGAAUUAAAAUGUCAAUGCUGACAUUAUAAUAAGACCAUUGGUCAUCCCUGGAUAACCCUUUCAUUUCAAUGAAAUAAAUGUACACAGAUUGAGGUACAUAAAAAAAUGCCUGUAUUUUCGAUUGCUCAUAUAAUUUUUUUAAUUUAUUAUUUAUUUGUUACUUUACUUUGCCUUAGGUUAUGACAUGCAAGGUGGAAAAUGCGAAGAAUGGCUGAAAAUACACUUUAAACAGGACACCAAAUGAUCGAUCUUACAAAACUGUUGCAUAUUUCAUAAUUACAGUCAAACCCCAUUGAUAUGGACACUGAAGGGGCCAUUAUUAGAAAGUGUCCAUAUAACAGAGGUGUCCAUAUCAACAGGUCCUGUUAUAAAAGUCAAAAAUACACUUUUUUAUCGAAAUACUACAGCAUCACACCUAACAUCUUUAAACAUCACUAAAAAGGCUCUUAUCCAGCAGACUGUGUCCAUGAAAACACACGGAAGUCUCGAGAAAAUCGAUCAAAAAUUAUGUAACAGUUACCAACUCGAUUGAUGUUAAAACGGUCAAUUAUUGUUGCGCACAAUUCAUUCAUUUUGGUGUACUUUGAUGCUGGGAACAUGGAUAUGACGUCAAUUAAGGGAAAGGUUUUUUUACCCUACAAAAAGAGAGGUUGACUAAAGCACACAAUGGACUAUAAAGUGUGCAGAUUAGCGAGGUUGACUUUAUAUGAGAAUCUGUUCAUUGAGGAAGAAAAAAACGUCCAUUAUCCCCCUUAACAGGUCAGUCUGUAUUAAGUGGGUUGAAUAAUAACAGGGAGUCCACAUUAAGCUGGUGUCCGUAAAGAGUGGUUUGACUGUAUGAUACAGGACAAACAUAAUCUAAUAAUAAUAGAAGCUUAGUGCCCACUAAGUUUUUCAGUGUGUAUGUAUUCCACUUACAGUGACAGGAUAUUACUAUAAUGGCAUAGUUUUUACACUAAAUCAACAAAACUCAGAAACCCAGGCAUUGUUUGGGAUACAAGACAGCCUUUAUUAAUUAUAACAAAAUACAAUACAUGGUAAAUAAUUAAAAGGUAAUAUUUAGUAUAAAAAUAAAGUGCUCCAACAAAUAAGAAAGACCAAACUAAAAAAGAAUUAAAACAACCUCAAUCAAUUAAUAAAAGUGAUCACACUUUGCAUGAAUAGGGAGGGAGGGAAAUGAUUGCUAGUGCAAUAAAAGUGAAUGUUGCUACUGCAAUGCCAAGUGAGAAUGUGACUAAACUAGAAUUGUAUCCGUGUGUAACCCAUAUUACAGUCGUAGUAUUCCUAUCUACCGUAAAACUACUAUAUCCUAGGUAGUAGACACAUGGUAUUAUGAAAUCUCUCAUGCCAAAAUACUACUGUGAUGCUGUACUAGCGUGCAUCCCAAUGUGGCACCUUCCUUUGAGAUUUAGAACCGCAUCAGUCGUCUCAACUGAUGCACCCCCUUAAUAACAAUAAUUUAAAGGAACAAAUUAAAAAAAAAAAUAGAGAGAUAUAAAUAAAUAUAUUUUCUUGUCUUGAGAAAAACCAUUCUAUUAAAUAUUUUGACACAAACAAUAGUAAAGUGUGCCCAUAUAUUUCAUUUGUCAAAGCUGUUUUUCAAAAUACAAUUGUCAAAUUAUGUUUACGUCCUCUCAGUGACUAUUUAACAGCUAUUAGAACACGAGUACGUCCACUUGCAUAAUUUUCAUCCGCAAUGGGGUUUUUCCAUUUGCAAUAAGCAAAGACAGAAGUUCGUUAAUGACUGCUUACGACUCUUCGCGAGUGCAAUUUCUACAAAUUUUAUUUAUUUCUUUGACCUUCGCAUAUUUCCAACAUGUGUGACGAUUCAAUAUACUGGAAAUUUAUAUACAGCAAGAAUAAUUAGCAUUAAAGAUUAUCAUUAUCAACCCUUCGAUCGAAAUUAGAUUUUAGCGCGUGUGGUAUUGCGCUCGAAGUGGAAUAGAACAGACUCUUUCAGGUCGAAGCUGUGCUCGCAGAAAUUACUCCAAACAGGACUUCUUAAAACCUUUCCACUUAAAAUGUAUCGUGGUAUUCAAAUUCCCUGUUCUUCCAAUUCGAUCGGAGUCGUCGAGUUGUUUCUGGUCUCUUGAAAUAUUAUCAGAAAUCCACGGGUGUUUACAGAAAGCGUUCUCGAUCAUUAACAUCUCGAUAUUCGUAAAUCUAACGCUAUGACGCAUAAAAUAAUCUCGAUUAAUCGGCUCCGUAUUGCUGUUACUUUUCUUCAAGGUACAUUCCAGCCAAAGCUCUCGACACCUAUUUGCUUCGGGUACCAUUUGCUUCGAAGUUUCCGUGUUCGACAUUUCUGUCGAGCUUAGUCCUUUCGCGGUCAAGUCAAUGUUUUGGUUGAGCUCUGAGCCAAUCAGAUUGCAGGAAAUUGCAUAUCCAGAUCUGGUUGUGGCCCAGAGUGAUCAUAUCUGUAGAAAAAAAAAAAAAAACCUCCGAAUAUAAACCCCACCGAAAAUAACACGCUGCCCUCUUGCUUGAACUAAAUUGGACUCGAUUUAUAAUGACGUUUUGAAGCCUUAAUCAUAACGAGCAGUAAUUUCAAAACUGUAUUUUGAUCAGCAAUGCUACAGCUUAUUUCUAUGCCAUCUGUACGCCCCGUCACUUACUAGAGCCCCUCCGUUUAUACGCCUUCCCGCUGAAUCAAAACCCGUUAAGAAGGUGUACAAUCCCACGGCUUAUAAGCGACAGCUAAGAGUGAGCAAGGUUUAACAGGACUGGAAAUGACUCGAAUCUGUGGCUUCAUGGCCGUGAAAAGAUUCUGCUAGGCUUUUGUUAGUUCUUGUUUUAUUUUAUUUUAUUAUUUUUUUGUGCAAACAAUCAUCUCACUAACUUCACAGCAGUAGAGGAAGGAGAUCCUUUUUUUCUUUCACGGCCUUUGACACAUAUCUAGUACUAACAGAAGUUUAAUUUUAAUUUUAGUGGCUGUAACAUUGCCAAAUGAGAAAGUGAUACGUCGUAAGCGUGAAAAGAUAAAGCUCAGCAAAGUUGCAAAAAUAGACAGACUUUCGUAUGUGGAGGGUGGGGAGGAGGGGGGGGAGAGGAGCAAGUUUGUGUCCGGCCCCCACCAUACAAACGUCUGUAUAAUUUGGCGACAUUGAGGAGCUACAUCUUGGUUAGUUUUCAACAAGUCCGACUUUUAGACUUUGCAAUUUUUCUAAUUUAAAUGCGUUCUUUCCAUUGGUUGCUUUAGCUUGUCCGUGUCAAAAGUUGAAAAUAACGUCGAAUAGUCUAUCCUGAAUUGAAACAAGGUACCCUUUUGGGCAGCGCCUCCCCGUAUAGAUUAUUAUAGGGACCCCCCACCCCCCACUCAGCCAUCAAGGUAUAAGAUAUGGGAGUUUAAAAAUAAACACACUAACACUAGAAACGUUAAAGCUUGCUUAGCUGGAGCUUAAUGGAGCCGCUACUUUUUCUGACAUAACAUAGCCAACUUGGACUGAAGGCAAAGUUAUAUUUUUGGAAAUGGAUCGAGUUCCGUUAGAAACACAAAAUCGUGAUAGCAUGCAUAAGAUUUUGCUACUUUUGGAACAAUAUAUUCUGCCAUUUAUUUUUGGAAUGUUCAUCUUUUGACCCUGUUUCAGUACUCUGAAACAGGCUUAUGAACAGAGAAUAAAGAGGUGCAAAAAAACUUGCCAUAUAAGGAAAUUAAAAGAAACAAGCAAAAACAAACAAACAAUACACAGGAACAGAGGAUUUACUUAAAAUAUUUGCUAUAUUAAUUGGUGAACACGUAGCAGUGAUUUCAGUAAACGCUGUGUUCUCGUUCAAGUCUCACCGCCAUGCUUCAAUAUUUCGCUGUUUUCCUGAUUCUCUCUUUUUUAGGCUGCUCACUGGGAACAACCACCUCACCUCAGCAACAAACUGUCGCCUCAAAGUUACAAGACUUAUGCCAGGUAAGAAAUCCAUAAACAUUGAAGGAGUACUACGCCUUAGAUUAGGACAAACAGAAACCGUUUUAUUACUCUUACGUCGUUAUGAUCAUUUACUAAAAAGUACCCUUUAGAAGUGUAUGGCAGUCAGUAUUUAAAAGUCCUCGCUUCAGCAUGAUCUUUCUUUGAAAGCCUAGAGCCUGUCCAUUGUUAAUUCUUUUAUUUUCUCUGAUUCCAUCCAAGUCCAUUCCAGGCGAGCACGCUUUAAAGAGGAUUAUGAUAUCCAAGGUCUAUUCCGUGCCUUGAAAACAAGGAGAGACGGCUGGCGGGUAUAAACUUUGCUCAUUUUGGUCUGUAAUCAUUGUUUGCGAAGGAGCUACGAGCGUGUAUGAACGUAUUUAUCGUUUCAAUUCCAAAUGAGAAGGAAAGAGAAAUAAUUAUUCGAAUUCUUUUUCGUUGCUGUUCUUAAACUAAGAAAUGGUGACAUGCAUAAUUUCUUAGAGACAAGGCCUGAAAACUAGUAUGGAUUUUGGAGUCCGAAAACGGGGUGUAAAAAAUGACGUGUUUUGGUCUGAAAUAGAGUCAGAUUUGGGGAACCGGGCGGCACAUCCCCACCAAGAAUUCCCAGGAGUACAUUCCCUCCCCCCCCGAGUCUUUUAUCAUUUAAGGUAAUUCCCUUGAAAUUGAUCUACUAUCAAACUUUUCUUGAAACUUGGCACAAUCAACAUUCAUGAUAUGAACAUUAAAAAAAUGCAAUAAAAAAAUGGGGUCACCGUGCUUGUUUACGCGUCAGCAGGCUCUUAAACUGGGGUAUUUUUACUGGUUGCGCGUUUAAAAUUCGAAUCCCCUUCUUACAGAAUGAAGUCGCUGUUACUUGAAACACACAAAAUUUUAUCUUGAACAUAAAGCUUCUUUUGUUCAAAUAAGCAGUAUUGCUUCAUUUAAUUCGUUUUCGAUUGCCUGGUUGUGGGGAUAUUGCGCUUUUUCGGACGCUUCCCUGGUUAGCUUGAAGUCCUCACCUUGACCCAAAUACACCAAAUACGAAACUACUUUCCCCAAAAAUCAUGUUCUACUAUCAAACUUUUUUUCUUCUUCAAAUAUGUUGUUUAUUAGACUGUUCUUAGCAAAUACCUGGGAAAAAAAUCGGGGGUCACCGUGCUUGUUUCCUCACAAACUGCUGUGAAAGGUGGACAUGGUUUUGAGAUUGCAGUCAAGAUGGAUAUUUUGCGCGGCGGGGACUGGGGCGAGAAACAAAAUAACGCCCAUCGUGUUCGAAGUAUGCACUCGAGAUCAAGCUUGUUUUCGGUUGUUUUUAUUUGUUUGAUAUCGCCAACACAGAAAUUCAAACUUGAAAACAUUACAUUAAAUACCGAGGAAUGAGGUAAGUCAAGAUUUGAUGAGAUUUUGGAGUUUUGAAUCUUUAUUUUGGACCAUUUUGUAGCGCCGGCGUUCUGUUUAAUUCCAGUUAGCUAGGGUUCGACUUUUUUGCUUUUGCACAAUAAUGCUUGACAAAGAAACUUGAAGAAAAGACUGUUGAUUCCUAUUCUUCAUAUGUUCGCUUGUUUGGUUUCUGUACACAGCAAAAUGUGAAUUCAGCAGCAGACCUCGUGUUUACUGGUCUCCCUCGCGUAGUUCUGGUGCUACGGUGGGUCUUAUUUGUUCCAGAAAUGUUCGUCUCUCCACUCUCGGAGUUUGAACAACAUAUGUACAGUAGCGAUCCCAGGCCAGAUAUUGGCUCGUUAAUGCAGUUGGUGAGCCGUAGAGGUUUCCCACAGGCUUCACAGCCCCCAUAACCCAAAGCCUCAGCCAGUACAUUUUAAUAAUUCCACAACUCGACGGCCGCGAAGUGAAAAAUCACUGCUGACUUCGGGAUCACGCGCAUUUCUUUCAUUUUCUUGCCUUUCGAUAGCAAACCAGGAAGGUGUCGGCCGAUCUGCGACAUUAUUAUUGCGAAUAAAAGCUUUAGCUCUGCAAAAGCGGCCCUUCUUUGUUCUCUUCUUGCUAGUGAGAAGAACCGCCGCCAUCUUGGAUGUGGCAAUGUUAUGCGCAGUAGAGGGUGCGCAGUGCAAAACAAGGGAAUUACCUUAAGAUUCCGUGUCGUCUUCGUCUGUGCUAAUUACAAGUCAUCUUAACUUUAAUUUCAACUUUAAUUUCAGCGAUCUAUGCUGGGUUUCCCUGGUAUUCCAGGAUCAAAUGGUAUACCGGGAUUGCCAGGUGUCCCAGGGCCACACGGACCCCAGGGAAGGGAAGGUGUAAAAGGACAAAUUGGUGAUAAAGGUCCGCAAGGAAUGACGGGUCCAAGAGGAGACAGAGGGCGUGAAGGACACCCUGGGAAGAGUGGACCACGAGGAAUUAAGGGAAUGAAAGGUCAACACGGGCUUCUGGGAAUGAAAGGAGAGCGCGGAGCCGUCGGAAUAAAAGGAGAGCGAGGCAUUGUGGGAAAUCCAGGAAGAAAAGGAGACAAAGGAGAGAAAGGAGAAAGCGCCAAAGUAAGGCAAGCAAGUGCAGUACAACAAACCAACUGGAAACAAUGUGUGUGGAAAGCAGAAACCGGUACUGAUAACGGAAAGAUUAAGGUAAUUAGACUAACAACCAUAACACACUCCUAAGAAAAUUCAUUCCUUUUCGAAUUAAAAUCUUUCAAAGAAAAACGUCUUCCCUCUCACUCACUGUUUGCCAACACAUUACAUAAACAACCAAUAAGUUAUAUUUCCCUCUACUUUGGUUCUUUUUGAACAAAAAAAGAAGGAAGACCAUCGUGGGUGAUAAAAUGAUUCCUAGCCAUAUGGAUAAGGACAACAAAAAUUUAAGCUAUUACAGAGUUUUUAAACAUUAGGAAGUAAUCUUGACUGGAGUUGUUAGUAUUAAUCAUUACACACGAUUGGUUGCCUUACUACAAUAUGUUUGAUUUGUUUGAUUUUAUUCCAGGACUGUGCGUUUAACAAACUGCAGUCUAAUUCAGCGCUCAGAGUCUCAUUCCAGGGCAACAUGAGAGUCGUUGGUAAUGGCAAGUGUAUCCGGUGGUAUUUCAAGUUCAAUGGAAAUGAAUGCAGAGGACCAAUGACGAUUGAGGCUGUUGCUCACAACAACUGGCGGGGAUCUAAAAACAACCCUGAUCUGCAUCAUCAUCGGUCAUUUGAGGGGUACUGUGAAAACAUCCCACAAGGCGCAGUUAGAGUGGAAUUAUGGGUGGGAAAGUGUAGUGGUUACAUCUUGGGUGAUGCAAACACUGGGUUGGGCUCAGUGUCCCGGAUAAUUAUUGAAGAAGUAUCUAGGCCCCAGUCCUAAUAAGAGGAGUCUUUAAAUUUGGCGCUGUUUCAAUUUCCUUAGAAUAGCAUUCUACAAAUAUAGACUGUAAAGAGCAAGGUGCGACAGUAUUGUUUUUGAUUAAUUUAUUGUUAGCCUUUUGUGACUGGUUUCGUCGUAUUAGAUUGUCUAUAGUAAACUCUUUUAACAGUAUCAUGAUUUUGUAUUAUUACGUCGGCGUGUUAGUGCUGUGCAGCAGCUCUUUGUUUUGUCACGCAGCGCUUCUUUGUUGGGUGGGGGGGGGGGCACCUUUCGUAACGGCAACAUGAUCGGCUGAGCGCGAAGGGAAUCGGGUCCCCCAUGCAGCCGUUUUGAGCUAUCACGCAACGCUAUUCCCGUUGAGUGAUGAAUCAAAAAUACUUUGAAGAAGAGCGAUUGAUUGGGAAUGCUUUUUUUAGGUGAUAUGUUUUCGAUGCAAAAAACUUCAGGGAAACCCAGUUUCACUUGGGAUACCAACGAAUUGAACGGCAGUCUUAUGGUAUACAUACAUAUUUAAAUAAAUUAUGCAGUCAAGUUAAAGGUCGUGAUAUAAUCUUUCAUCUGAAAAGAAAAAAGAAAGAAAGAAAGACAGAUACUGCUGAAGAAGUACUCUUUGCCUUCAAUGGACCUUUAAGCAGGAUUCCUUUUGUAGCUAAACACUUUGAGGCAAAACCAUCAUUAAAAUCGGAUACGAAUUUUGAGGAUAAAAAUCGCACCUUGUAAAAUUUAUAACAAUUACCUGGAAAGAUGAAUAUGAAUAUAGGAUAAUUUGAUUAUCUCUAGGCCUGCGUGGCAGGCGUUCGAAAGGGAAGGGAAGUGAAUUUAGGCGCGAGACCGCGAGCGAGGGAGAAGGGAUGAAAGGAAGGCGUUUUCCUCUCUCCUUCCUCGCGCGCCCUUCGCGCUUCUCACGUGCUCCAAAUCCUCUUUUCCUUCUCUUUGGAAUGCCUGCCACGCAAGCUAGAUUAUCUCUCAAACAGUGGAGAAGAAAUAGAAUGUUAUUACUCGUAACACUGAGGUUCUUGUCUAACCUUCCCAUUACUUUAAUAGCAUCUUUGUUAUAUUGUUUUCAUUUCAGUGUAGUUUGGCUUAAUGCGUCAUUAAAGCUUUCAAUAACAAGAUAAUAUAAAUUAUUAUAUGGCUGAGUCUAUUUUCGCCAUGCGAUUGGUCAAUUUGCGGUCCGUAACUUGCUAUACGGACCAAAAUUUUUAAAGAAAAUGCUCAUUUCGGAGGUCUAAAUCUCUUUACCUCGGAAAAAAAUGUGUAAAUAAAGUUAUAAGACGCCUGUCAACCUUGAGGACUUGGAUGUUGACUUUGGCCUUCAACAUUUUUAACUGUGUUUAUUUCUGAAUGAAGGCGAUGAAGAAAGUUGCUCGUAAUCUUAUCGAAGAGGAUUCUAGUCAGUGUUUGAAAAUUUUAUUGUAGUACACAGUUAAGAAAUCGAAAAUCGACAGGCAGAGAUGCGAGACGUUUUGCCUAAGAGAAAAUGAGUAAUUCCUUCAACAAAUAUGAUAACAAACAUACCUGCACCCCAUCAUCUUGACAAGCUUCUUUGCCAUUUGCCUGCGUGCAGACGUCUCCUAUUUCCUUUGUUGCACGCGGAAAAGGGACGUCUGCGUAACGCCGUCGCUAAUCGUGUUCCAGCGUCCUGCUGGGUUCCCAAGAUCUUGGGAACACGCUGUGAUAGGCUGACACACAGUGCGCAUUGUUUGACUUAACGCUGAUUGGUUGUUAUCGAAUGUGGUCUGAUAAUGUAUGCGGUGAUUUAAAUGAUUUAUGUAAGCGGGGUUUUCUAACCAAAACAAAUCAAAACAUGUGCGAUUGUGUGCUGUGGUUUUCGUCGAUCGAAAAGCAGAGCGAUCGAAAUCUUGUGCGGGGACGCGGAAAAUUUAACGUGUACGAGGAAAUUAUUUCUUUACAAUUUACUGUGCAUGACACAUCACAUCAUAUUUGUAAACAGUGUGUGAGGAAACUACAAAAGCGGCGUGGACUUCGCACCAGGCAGGCAUUUCGGAGAAAGCCAGCCAAAGAAACUAAAAUCUUUAUUUAGCCGUAACAAACAGAGGUCAAGAAGAUUUAAACACUUUACAACUGCAUCUGAAAUCAAAUCCAAUCGGGAACACCCACAGAAGCAUAAACCACAGGAAACGAUUACUCAGUAUGCAUGUAACAAACCUGCUUCAUUACCUCUAAAUGGAAGACUUGGCGCGGCAAAAAUGAGAUUUACUCAGUCAAAGGUUAGAAUGCUACAUGCAUUGUGUAGUGCUAGUAAUCUUCGCGCGAGAGAGAAAAGAAGAAAAACCUCUGUUCAAGCAGACUCUCAAGGUCACGUUUCGCCCGUAUCACGAGCUUAUGAUGUUUUGUUUGCCCUGUCGACUCCUAUUUCUAACCGGAUAUUAUUUCACAAUUUAUGCGAAAUAGAAUACCCUGCCAGCGGGACGCUGGAACACGAUUAGCGACGGCGUUACGCAGACUUCCCUUUUCCGCGUGCGACAAAGGAAAUAGGAGACGUCUGCACGCAGGCAACUUUGCCAUUUGCAGUGUUUUUUUUCAAAGACCAACAAAAGAAAGAUAGAAGCGAGUUCGAGCCAGACACAAUGUUCAGUUUUCAAAAGACUCCAGCGUCACAUUAACGAGUGAAUACUUACAGUGCUCUUCGUUUCCACCGAAUAAACUUUGAAAUAUGUAUGUAAACCCUGAGGACUGGGAUGUUGACUUUUUCCUUUCCAAAUUUUAACCUUGCUUUGUUUUAAUGAAAACAAAGCUGUUGUAGAAACUGAAUCGCAACCUUACCGAGGAAGAGAAUUCUAGUCAGUGUUUGAAAGUUUUAACGCAGAUCACAAAUGAAGACGAGAAUGAACUGGCAGAAAGAGAGGUUUUCCCAAAAACAAUUAACGAGCGAAUCUUUUAACAAUGACAACAAACUUACCUUGAAACGCAUCUUUGCCUUUUGCAGUGUCUUUUCACAAGGACAAACGGCGGAAAGAUGAAAACGACUUCGAGAAAGACACAGUGUCCGGUUUCCAAAAUACUCCAGCUUUACACUAAGAGCUAAAACUAACAGUGCUCUUAGUUUUGACCGAAUAAACUUUUUUGAACAUGGCGAAUUUGUUUUUACUUUCUCGGAAAGCCUUUGUUAUGUGCUAUUGUUUUCGUGCGCCAAUAAAAACUUUCUUUUUUGACACCUGUCAAAUGACUGUCAAAUCGUGCGUCCUGCACUUGUUUCCGGUCCCCCAAACAGGAAGAAGCCAUAUAAUAAACAUCUUAUUAGCCUCGUUUUUCGGUCCGCACUGUAAAUUACGGAUCCUUGUUUUUUCCAUCGAUUUAUGACCCGCGCGCUUCGCGCUUGGGCCAUAAAUCGAUGGAAAAAAACUCGGUCCGUAAUUUACAGUAUGGACCGAAAACUCGGCUAAUAAGAGGUAUGUAUGUACAAAUCUUGUCCAUGAUUUUUCCUAACAAAUAAGAUUUAACUCUUUCUUUCCCGCCCCUUAAGAGAGAAUCCCGUACAUCCACACAAUAUUGGUCUAUCCAAUGCUGUUCGAGUGCAGUGUGUUUUUGAAUAAAGACGUCUCAUGGUUUCUUUCCUUUAGAAAAUGGGAGGGGUGUCGUCACACUCAUUUGGGUGCCUAAAUCACCAGGGCCAAGUUGUUCGAAGGCCGAUUAGCGCUUAACCUUAGCUUGGGUUAAAUUUAACCCGGCUUUCUUUUUCUUUUUUUUUUUUAACCAUUUUCUCGGAUAAUUUUCUAUGUUGUUUCUAAGAGCAUCCAAUCGUCAAAUUGUUGACAAAUUAAAAAAAUUAAUAAAAAAAACUGAAUUUACGUUUUAGACUUUUAAUAUUUGAACUCAAAUUUCACACGAACCCUGGGUUAUCUUAUCUUAACCCAGCUUGAACAACCUGGCCCAGUGCAGUAUGGGUAUUCCUAGUGGGAGAUACCCAUACCUGAGCAAGUUAUAGCAAGUGAAGUUAUGCCGGACAGUCGCAGUACGAAAUUCCGUCAAGAGUACAGUUUUCUUUUAUUUAGCUAAGCUUUUAUUAAUGCUUUGUAUGUCUUUAUUUACCAUUAAUGUAACGACUUUAUAUUUUUCUGUGUUUUUGAUGGUUUCCUUGAAAAUACUGGUACUUUUUUCUUAGCCAGUUAGCAACAUCGUCGCCCUUUAAGCGCAAUCUUUGCUAUCAUCUUAACCUAAAAAAACGUGUCCUCGAUGCCUGCUUCUGCCGGCGGUAAACUAAUAAGAGGCUUACUAGCCAAAAAACAUUGGACCUAUGAUGAAAGAUUUCCAGCGUAUAACAAACCUUGCCCUGCGGAGGAAAGCCUAGGACGAUGAGUCAAUAAAGUUUGUGGUAUAGUAAAUAACCGUCUUUAUCCAGUAAGGAUACACCUAAAAUAAAGAAAGGGGCUAAGCCUGGGUAUUAAUAAAACAAUUUGACUUUUUAAAACCCAUGGCUUCUAUCAGUAGAAACAUCGCGUAUUACAUAGCAAGCUACCUUUUACAACGAACGAGAAGGCGUAAAUAUAACCAAAUCUCGUCACCUGACCCAAAACUGUAAAUUAAAUAUCAAAGUCAAGCUGAUUGAACUGUUCUAAGUGAACAGAUAUAAAAGCAGUUUGCCUAAGUCACGUGCUUAGUGACGUCGUCGCCUUUCAGCCCGAGAGAUAAGUUAAGCCGAAAAGAACACUGAAUCGUUGGUAAAACUUAAUUUUCCGCUAGCAAUAAAAAACAAAACAAAACAAAACAAAAAUACUUUUGGUACUUCUAUACCUUUUACAGAGAGGAAAGAAAAUAAUCCAUUUUAUUUUGUUUUGCAGUGAAUAGGUGCACAACUAUGUCCAGAAGAGGCGGUAUAUAAUGGUGGAGAUAAACGGGGACUCAGUGAGCGUCGAAGAUAUCGAGCGCUAUGCACCGACCCUGAGGGAGUACUCAUAAUUCCCAUGUUUAUCUCGUAACUCGAAAAGUUCCUUUAGUUAUGCACUGUUUUAGGAUGGGCGUCAAAAAUUGUGUGAGCUUUUGCGAUGAACUAACAAAUCAAGAAAGAGAUGAGAGUUGCUUUGCUUUUUUUUUUUUUUUUUUUGGUAGUUAGUUAGACUUGACUUACAGGCACAUGACCCUGUUUUAAGUCAAGAUACAUUAUUCUAAUAUAUAGAUUUAGCCAGGGCUAAAAAGCGAAGCUCCCAUUAAUAAAUAUAUAAUUUAAAUCAAACAAUAAACUUCUCAUCCACAAAUCUGUUAACUUAAGGGCACAUUCAUGUGGCUUUUGAGGGAAAAGCUAAGUGAUUUUAGAGUGAAACAUCUCACAUCGAGUUGACUUAUAUGUUUACCCAAAAAAUAGCAAUCAUCUUCGAUCACAUUCAAUAGCCAAAACGGCUCUUGAUCACAGUAGAUUAGGCCUGGAAAACAAAUAAGGCCGAAUCUUUUGCGUUCGAUAAGUUUACUUUACAAAAUCUUGCCAACAAAUCUGGAGCUGUGUAAACCAUCCUUUUAUACUUUUUAUACAUCACAUCUGAGAAACAGUACUAUGCGGCGCUGUAUUUAUCAUACAGACCUCGGACAGAAUGCAGUAUUUCACUGUGUUCAAGACAAAUUGCACUCAGUCAAUAUCAAGGACGAUCGAUCGUUGGCUUUUAGCGAAACCGUUCAAAAAAUUUCUAAACUCACCUAUACGGCCAGCCGCUUCUCACUUUUGACAAGCGGUCGAGUGUGUGAAUGAACAUUAAUAGCGUUACGCUUCAACAUAAUAACUAAUUUAUUAUGUUAUUUUUUAUUAUUAUUAUUUAAUGGCUUUAUAACGAUGUGUAAUCUUGAAAAGCGUUUGAUACGCGCGACAUUUUGAGUACUCCACAAACGGCACAGCACGCGAUUAAAAUUGCACAAGAUAAUUCGGUGACAGCAAUUUUCAUUCACGAAGACAAGUAUUAAAGUGUCUCUAAAAAUCCUGAGUCUUCAAGUUUAUGUUUUAAGCCGGCUUCCCGGUGUUUGCUUUCUUCAAAGAUGAACUGGAGGCAAGAAAAUCGCUCAAAGUUUUCUUUCUACAGGCAAAUUUAUAACUAAAUAUUCUCCGGAACGUUUUCUUUCUAUUUGCGGUGAGAAAAUAUAUCUAAAGGCUUUUUUUAAGGUUCUGUAAGCUUAUAUCAAACCUGAUACUAGGUCAGAUCAUUGUCUCAAAUCUUUCAAACGUGGAUAAUUAACUUCCCGCAUAAACUGUGCUCGACUUUAUGAGGUUAGAUAUAUAUAUAAAAAAAAAAAACAAACAAACAAACAAACAUCAGAUACAAUAAUUACUAAGGCCCGGUUCAGACGCCGCUCCACUCAUGUGCCGAACCUAACUGAUGAAUUAAGUACGGCAAAAGAGCGGCGUCUGAAUCAAUUUGGUACGGCAGUUUUAGUUUGGUGCGGCAAAAGCGUUAAGUUCGACAGAGUCUGUCGAACUUUUGUCGAACUUAACUUAGGUUCGACACACGGUACGCCGUCUGAAUCAGAUGUCGCUCCAAAGUCGAACUGAUUCAGUUAGGUUCGGCACAUGAAAAGUACGGCGUCUGAACCAGGCCUAAGGCUUACCAUUCCAGAUGCAGCUCCUGAAAGCUAUCAAGUAAGGCCGGAAUCGCUUGAGACUUUUAAACUCCUCUAUACGUAUCAAGCAAGGUGAAAAACGAAAACGAUGCCAUCCGAAAUCGGAUCUCCGACCUUGACAAGCGACGCGUUUCUCAACCAAAAACCCAAUAAACAAACCAGCCAUGAAUAACAGAAGACUCUUGAUAGCAGCUGUAUUUCAUUUUGUACAUCCAGUGAAAAAAGACAUUAAAAAACAUCACAAGUCGACACAAAACUCUGUCAGCUUCAGCUGUCAAAGUAAGCAAGUCUCAACAUGCUGCAUAAAUUUUCCGCAAGAACUCACCUGUCAAAUUUUGACCAAUCAGAGCAUAAAAAUUGGACGUAGAGCGUGACCAAAGCGUGACCAUGGUAAGAAAAGGUCUUCCCCGCCUGUAUUUUUAAAUAACUGGCUGAACUUUCGUGUCCGAAGUAAGUUUGGAAUCAAAAUCUUAAUAGUGCUGGGCCAUAGUGACAUAAACACGACAUAUUUCAUAUAAAUUAAAAAAAAAAAACAAACUUGAGCCUGCGAUCAUUUGAAAAUUAGUAACUUGUCAGCGGAUAACUUUAAAACAAUACCUGACCUCGAUGGGUCGACACAUGAGCCCACGAUACGGUCAGGUGAUACUGGUCAGCGGAUACCCUGUUUUGACAGCUGUCAAUUGAUCACAACAUGGAUGUGCAAUCAGUUUUCUCCUGGGCUCCCAAACUUGCUACAAAGUGCCAGAGUAAACAUUGGUAUACCUGUGGUGCAGACGGACGGUCGUUCGGUGUACGGUCACGUGAUAACCAAAUUUUCUGGGAUGGGUCGAUUUACUUAGCGCUUCGUGCGCGUGGAGCUCCGCUAUAACCCCGACUCCUUUAGUUUUGCAUACAUUAUGAAGCAUUUUUUUUUUUUAAACUAACAUCAUUGAAUCAAGUUUUUUUUUUUUUUUUUUUUUUUUUUUUUAUCAAAGGAUUAUUUGUAACAUUAAAUGUUGACCUUUUUAUAGCUAGGCUUCCGGUCCAAAACGACACCUUGUUAAAGACGCUAAAUGGUGAAAUAGUAGAAGCUGUUUGAGACUCACGUGAGUCCUUGAAAACCAAUUUGUUCAGCGGUACCUAACCUUUUAAGCCAAGUACACCCUCUCCCCGGAUCUUCUAUUAACUCGUACUUUAUCCCUGUUUGCCUCCAGCUGAUUUAGCACAGAUAAAAAGGAAAGUUCUCAACCAUUCAUUGUUGGAAUAUGACCACAAGGUUAAAAACAUGACUAAACAGUCUCACUUUCAGUGACAGCUACUCUAAAGAUAAAACUAGCGCCGCUUAUAAGCCCUGGGAUUAUAUAUCUUAGUAAGGGGUUUUAAAAAGGCUUAUAAACUGAGCGGCUUAUAUCCGAGGAGGCUUGUAAUCGAAAUAGAAAAUAAGCUUUGAAACACGCUAUAGUUAGUGGUGCUGAUCGAAAUACGUUAUACUGCAUUUACUGGUUUUAAAUUAACCUUCAAAACGUCAUAACAAAUAGAAUUCAUAGAGGGGCUUAUAACUGGUGCUAGAGGAGGGGCUUAUAUUCGGGGAGACUUAUAAUCACAUGCACUUUUUGUUUACAGGCAGAUGGUUCUAUAAGUGGCAUGGAGGCCGGGCAGGGUAAUUUAUAAGUGGCAGGUGGGGGAGGAUGGGCUUAUAAUCGGUUGUUUACGGUAUGUGAGUUG